AUAAAUCACUCGGUAAAAACGCGUACAGCAAAAUCGUCGAAGAAAAUUAUCAUCUCGGAAGAUGAACAAAUGCAUUCUUCGGAAGAAAAUCAAAGCAACAGCAAACAAACCGAAAUCGCCACCGAGGCUGGUUUCAAUUCGGACAGUAGUAGCAACGAGCUGCUCGAGAAAUGCCCAAUUUGUCUCUUGACUUUUCGACAACAAGAAAUCGGUUCGCCGGCAACAUGUGCACACAGUUUUUGCUCCAGCUGCAUCGAAGCUUGGUCCAAGAAUGUGCAGACAUGUCCUAUCGAUCGCAUCGAAUUCGAUCGCAUUGUCGUGCGGGAUAAUUUUGAAAAUCGUAGAAUCGUGCGCGAGAUUAACGUCGAUCCCAAUAAGAUUAGUAAAGAACUGGUAUUGGAUGAUGAAGCGGAUGGUGUCGAUGAAGAUGUGACUUAUUGUGAGAUCUGCAAUAGUCCAGAACGAGAAGACGUAAUGCUCUUGUGUGAUGAAUGUAAUCAAGGCUAUCAUAUGGAUUGUCUCACACCACGUCUAACGCAAAUUCCAGAAGGAUCAUGGUAUUGCGACAACUGUUUUGAUCCAUCGGCUGAAAGUGACAAUGUGUCAGAAGAUUUAAAUUUGCUUUACGAAGAUAUACGCGACAUGGGCAUACCGCAAGCGGCGUUACGUGUAACUGAAUUGCAGCAGCCUCGCAUAUUGCGCACGCGUCAAAAUGAACGUAUACGUGCGGCCGUUUUACGCACAACACGCAGUCGGGCGCGCAUCGAAACUACCACAACCACUACAACAAGCGCAGGUACCAGUCGCGGUCGUGGCAGGCCUCGUAACAGUACAACCACCACCACGACGACCACAACCACACGCACCACAAGACCAUCAACUACACGUCGUAAGCCGAGCAGGCGUCGCCGACGUCGCACACGCAAACGUACAUAUGUUGUUGAGUAUGAUUUGAAUAAUUUCGAUGAGAAGUUCGCAAUUAAAACUACAAAGAAAAUUAUUAGAAGACGUCGACGCAAGCGCAGAGCAUCAGCACGCAAUACUGCACGAACCAGUACUGGCGGACGUAUGACGGCUAGCAAGCGCUUGGCAGAGCAGAUGGGUGUUAAGAAAGAUCCCACAUACACUUCACACCUGUCUGGCACGUCAGCUGGACUAUCACUGUUUGGCGGUGCCAAUGAUUUGGAGUACUUUUCGGAUAGUGAUAACGGUGGUAUUGAACAUGAAAUUCAAGUAGAGACAGGACAUGGCACCGCUCUACAAACCUCCAUACGCAUAUCGAACUUUGGCUCGCAACGAGCACGCAAAGGUAUUCUCUUAGGCCGCCUACAAGGCAAUAAUAGACGUAAUGUUCUCCCAGAUUUACCAGCUCAAACUGCAACACCCACUAGUGGUGAUCUGUUAUCCAGCAUUAUGAACAUGCAAGAUCGUUGGCAUAAUGCAGCGAGAAACAUGGAAAGUGUGCAUAUUAGUGCUGACGGCACUUUGCAACUGCCCAGUAGUGGAAUUAACAUGAACGAUAGCAAUAGUUCUAGUGUCAAUGCGGACUCAAAUCAGCGGCAAACAUCACGUAACUCAGUCAGUGCUAAUGAGCAACAAUCACGCACCCCUAUCAACCCACUUGAGGGGGUCACACAAGCGCCGAUGUAUCCGCGUGGUGGAGGCGGAAACCAAAACUUCGGCGGCGGCAAUAGUGGUGGCGGUGGUGGUAACUACAAUAAUCGAUACAGUAACAAUCAAAACAAUUAUCGCGGUAGUGGCGGUGGAGGUCAAUAUAGACACUCUAUGGGUGGUAGUGCUGGUGGUGACGGAAACGAUGGCAGCCGUGGAAAUUUCAAUUUUAGUAAUCAAAAUUUGAACAACAGCAACAACCCGAAUCAGAACCCAAAUUUUUCACCUUUCUCGAUGCGUUUCAAUCAACGUAAUAAUCAGCGCAACAAUAAUCAACGAAACUCUUUGCCAUUUAUGCAUCGUAACGAUGACGAUCGACAACAGCACCAACAACAAAACCAAACACAAAAUAAACCGAAUGAAGGCAAUAAUCCCUUUAGGACUGGACUGCCACCACCUCAGCAACAGAAUAUGUCAAAUGAAAAUCCGCUCUUUGGUGAUCUACCACCACCAGUAAGAUCUGCACCAUUAAUGUCUGCUGUGCCACUGGGUAUGGCUGGUCCGCCACCUGUGUCUGGACUACCGCCGAUGGCAGGUCCACCGCAUAUGACAGGACCACCUCCCAUUAUGGGAACGUUACCAAUGUCGAGACCGCCACCACCAKCAAUGGCUAUGAGUGGCCCACCGCCACCACUGGCAAUGCAUUCGCCAAUGCAAACAAUGAGACCGCUAAUGACUGUGCCACCACCACCUGCGCCACCUCCGGGUGUGCCUAUGCCUUGGGCCACACCACUCUUUCAACAAUUGAAUAACGAUUAUGGAAAUGACGAUGAUGACUCCAAUUGUCCGAACUUUUCCGUAUACUCAGCCGAAUCCCAAGAAGUUGCCAAAUCAGCAGAAAUGCAAUCACAAACUCAGCAGAACAGCGAAGCAGCUAAGGAAGACGAUGAAAAUGAAGAUUUAGUACAAUUAGAUGAUGAUGAUGAAAUACCAAUGCCACCAGAAACUAAUCCAAAUGAAUCUCCAACUACAGUCAAAGAUUCUGACUUAUAUGAGCCAGAAAAUCCUACAGAAGAAAACGAGGACGAUGACGUCGCCGAUCGCGGCGAUGACGACGACGACGACGAAGAACUUAAAAAACAAGAGAACAGUGAAGACAAUGAAAAGGAUGAAGUUGACAAGACAAAUGAAAACCACGAAACUGUGGAAGAAAUUGCUUCACCACGUCCUGGUCGGCGCGAUAGCGUGGACAAUUGCGACUCACAAUAUGAUCCGGAACAUGAAAUCAUAUCCAACGAGGAUUCUAAUAUGGCGGUGGAGGAUAAUAAAACAGAAAAGUUGGACGAUUGUAAUAAAAGUAAUAAUGAAACGUUGGAAAAGGAGCACGAACCUAAGGACGGUCAUAGCGAUCACUCACGUUCACCAAGUCCAACAGAAUCCGAGAUGAAAUUGCCCGAAAAUGAUGUAGGCAUUGCAAAUAAGAAGGGCGUAUUGGAAUUGUACGAUGAUAGUGAUUGGGAAGAACUGGAUAUUGAUAAGCCAAAGGAAUAUGAGAAAGCAGCAAAACAGUCAGAAAAAUCUGACUUAGAAGAAGGUCAGUGUGAAGAGCAGGAUGAGACAACUUCAGACAAGCUUAAGGAACGCAGUAAAAGGAAUAAGAGUAAGGGUAAAGAAACAGAUGAUAAAAACGAAGGCGAACUUGAUCGAUCUUAUACACCAUGCCUGGAUGAGAACAAUGAACCAGAAGAAGGCCAUGAAAAUGAAAAAUUCGAUGAGACGGGCGCAAAGUUGCUAAAUGCCUCCAAGGAUUCGAAUGAACCGGACACGGAAGGCGGUAAAACGCCCGAAGUUAUUGCCAGUGCACCGGUCGCCAUUGAAACCGAACUAAUUUCGGACGACGAUGAGAAUGCACGUGGCUCAAGGAAGCGAAGAAGUAGCAAAAAACGUGAUAAACGUGACAAAAAAGUUGAAACAUUCAAAAAAGUAAGCAACAAACAAAAGGUACGCAAUUACCGCACCGACAAGCAACAAGUAGGUAAAUAUAAAGUGCGACAUCAAUCGUCAAAAUCACGUUCUCGUUCUAAAUCUAUAUCAAGAAGUCGUUCACGCACUCGGAGUCGCAGUCAUAGCCGCAUACGCAGUCGUUCGCGAUCACCACGAGUCGCCGUAAAUCGCUCUCGUUCACCCCAUUCAGGUAGAUCACGUUCGCGAUCGCCACGUGGUCGUGGCCGUAGACGUUCCCGCUCCCGUUCCCGUUCAUUACGUUCACGUAGUCGAUCAAACAACAAGGAGAACAAGUGGCGACAAGGUGGUCGCUAUAAUAAUAACCAGACCAGAUUUCAUGAUCGAAAUAAACAAAAAAAUCAAUAUCGUCCCAAACGUAGAGAAAUUCCACGCUAUAAUGUACGAAACGUUGURGGCAUUCAACGUAGCUUUAGAGAGGGUAGAGAGGUCAGAGAUCGUUACGGACGUGAUACCAGYCGUCAAACGCGUAAUAUUAGUAGGUCACCGAGUCCGCGCACUCGUAGAAUAAGUGGUAGGUCAAUCUCUAGGUCACGCUCACGUGKACGUUCAAUGUCACCACGACGAAAUCGACGCGGCAGCUUUAGCAUAUCACCAAGUCCGCAGCCUAUGAUGCGUCGACAGUCAGUUUCGCCCAGACAACGUUACCGUUCACCACGUCGAAACUCUAUCUCGCCACGCAGAAUUACGCCGAUGCGCGGACACUCUCGAAGUCCACUGCGCAUGCACUCACGAUCGCUUACCCCACAACGUAUGGGUGGUAGAAAGGUUAUAAGACGUGUACGUGACGGUUCCCCGCURGCACAGUCAGCCAUCUCACGUUCACCGUCCCCUUUGCAUUCACUUUCUCCAUCACCCAGAUAUACGCCACGGUUGCAUAGAAGUCACUCAAAAACACCGAUUUUACGCGUAACCAAGGGUAAAAAGAAGAAGAUAAAAGAUAAAGGUAAGAAGAAGAAAAAAAAGCACCUCCCAAGCCUUAGUCCAGAGGCCAACUUACGAAUUUCACGUCAGCGUGACGCAUUUGAAGUGGAUCGACCGCCUAAGAAAAAGCGUCACCAUUCACCAAAGCAGAAAGCGUCGCUGGAUGAGCCCACUUGGUCGCCCUCGCCCAGUCCGGGUCCUGUACUUGACUACGAACGUGACAACAAUAUAUCAUGGACGCCACCAUUGGUAUCGCCACGUCUUGUUCACGAAAUGCACGGCAUCUAUGAGGCAGAAGCUCGUCGCAGUAAUUCUCGGUCGAGCAAACGUGAUAAGCGAACAAAGCGCGUGAAAAAGAAGAAGAAGGGUGAGAAACGACGUGAUGUACGCAAAGAUAAACGACGGACUCGACGCACCCAAACACCAGAAGCAGUACCAUCCAAGGAGGUAUUUGCCUCGGGUAACAAUAUUCUCGUUAGUGUGAGUUUUAAUAAAGAUGCAGUUGGAAAUCAACCGCCUUCACAGACAACCGUUGUUACAUUGCCGGCGACGCGCGAAGACUUACACACAAUUCGCCGAAAUUCUAUAGAUUGCAUUACCAAUUCGAAUGCUGCUAGUAAGAAAAAGAAGAAGCGUAAAAAGCUUGACGCAAAGCCUGUUGCUAUUAUUGAUUUGGAGCGAUCACCGUUCCAGGUGCAUCAGGAACCAGCCGAUGUUAUUGUGCUCACCGAYAGCGAAGAAGGCGUUGGMGGWCGCGAUAGUGAACACGAGCAUGAGCWCGAACAUGAACAUGAACAUGAUAGACGACGCGAAAGUCAUCGCGAACGCCGCCGCAGCGAAUCAAUUGUGGACGAAAUGGAUCAUCAUAGAUCACAAAUGAGCAAUGGCAUACGCUCCUCAUCACAGUUAGACAAAACGCCGCCAUUGGAGCGCGAACGCCUCGAUACUAUUUUAGAGGAAUCCUACGAUUUACCACAAACUGGACCAAAGACACCACCAGAACCUCCAACUGUUAAAUUCAACAUAGCCGCUAAAAAGCAAAAUAAAGUCCGUAAUAACCCACUACAUGACGAUGCGGAACUAAAUUCUGAAUCGGAAAUGGCCGAAGUACAUGAACCGGACACACAUCGUUCGGAGCUGGAACCAAUGCAUGUACAAAGUAGUCAAAAAAUUGGUCCGAAUACACCACCCGAAUCUGGUCCAUGCUCACCAGAUGCUUACGAUCCCUUCGAUCCUACGAAAUCGCCAUCUAUGUCUCCACGCUCACCCUCUCCCGCCCCAUUGAACAGCUCGCAAGCUUCAAUUGGCAUGGAUAGUAGCGUUGAAGUGGUAUCCUCACAAAAGCACAUUGUCGACGAACAACGCCUAACAAAUGAGCGUACGGGUUCUCAAAUUUCUGGCGCCAGCAGUAGCAUGAUUCCACAAGGUUCCACACUUAAUCCCGUUGAACUAGUAAUGAAACUAAUGAAUACCAAACAGAAUAGCUCUCAAGAUCUGAACAAGUCGAAUGACUCGCAAUAUAACACUGCGUCACACAUGCACGCCACUGUCAUGGGCAAUGCGCACGAUGAUGGACUGAACAUGCGUGACAAGAACGAUGAGGUGAUGGGCCUCUCUGUGAUAUCAAAUAUGCUCUUGUCAAACGGCAAUGCACAAGGCUCACAACAUAUACCAGUAAUUUCCAGUCCAACUCCAAUAAUAAAGAGCAAUCAAAUAUCAAAAUUACCGCUACCGAAAGUGGGCAGCAGUGUGGGUAGUAGCAGCGGCGCUGGAAUGACAUCAUCUAAUUCGAAUGCACGUAAUGGUGGCAUGGAUGAACCAGUAAAUCUAACCGAAAUGGAAAGUCCCUAUUCGCCCGGUUCCGCUGACUAUGAGGAUCUCUUCGAACCGCCACCAGACAGCUCGGGCGCUGUACCACGGCGCUCUAAGCGUACGAAUAACGCCAAUGCCAUGGGCAAAGUUGACGUUUUUGAUAAUCUCUUUGGCAGCACCUCACCCGUGGGCCAUGCACGUAUGCCGAAGAAAUUCAAGGCAAUUGUCACUAGUAGCACCAAGAAAGCUAAAAUUAAAGUCACUAAAACCGACGAUCACGUUAAGGUCUAUGAUGACGUACCAAACUCAGCCGUUGAAUUACAAGUCAAAGAUAAGUUUUUGCGUAAGCUGAACCGACAGGAGCGUGUGGUUGAAGAAGUGAAAUUGGUUUUGAAGCCACGUUUCAAUAAGAAACAGAUCACUAAAGAUGACUACAAGGAGAUUAUGCGGCGAGCUGUGCCAAAGAUUUGUCACAGUCGUUCGGGCGAAAUUAAUCCUCAUAAGAUCAAGAAUCUGAUUGAUGCCUAUGUGAGGAAAUUCCGUGCAAAGCAUAAGAAGUUGAAUCUCCUCAAUACGGGGCAAGUCAGCAGCGCGGUGAAGUGCGCCGCCUAUUUGAAGAAGCUAUAAAGAGAAGCAGCGCGUAAACUUAUAAGCGGAAGUUGGCUAAACGAGUAACCAAGCAGCUAAUACACAUAAGUUUUAUGGCACAUUCAUUCAGUAAAACUUCUGCACACAUUCUUGCCCACAAAGGCAUGUAGGUAGGUUUUACUCACCACCGAACAGUAAA